AAACGAUUAUUGUGGUUUAAUGCUCAGGACGGAAGAAAUCAAGCCGAAAUUUAUUUAAAAUUCUAAAAACAAACCACAAGACAGUGAAGUUGUUUUUUCGAAGAAAUUUGCGGCCGGACGAAACGUGUUUUGAUUAAAGUUAUUGAAAUAAUAUUUAUUAUAAAAGUAUAAUAAAAGUUAUAAAAUUAAAAAGUACAAUAAUCCACCUAUUAAUAAUUCACAUUGUCAAGCAAAUGAUCGAUUUCUGAUAUAAAAAAAAAUGGUUGUUUUAUGAUUUCCGGAUUGGUGACGUUCAUAAAUAUGGAACAGUGACGAUGCAUUUGCUUUUGCAGUGAGAAAUAUUUGCUUUCAAAGGGGAAAAAAUAUAAUUUUAUUAAUUAAAGUUCGAUUAAACGUUGGAACAUAAAAAUUAUAUUCGAAAAUGGAAUCUUUCUUAAAAGGAACAAGUGCCAAACGUUUUAUAAUUGAAGAUUCAAUUACUAAAGUGACUUCAGAUGGUGAACCACAUGAAAUGAUGACAAUGAUUGCUGGACUUUCCGGCUUGGCAGUAGCCAUAGUUAUAUUGGCUAUACUUGCAUCAUUUGUGACGUGCAAGAAAAAAGAAAAAGAAGAGGAAUGUUGUGAAGAUUGUGGCCCCAAAACGAUUACUGCUCCAAUAACCAAUUUAUCACCAUCUAAUUUACCAGACCCUGAGAGCCAACGUUCUUCAAUUAAUACUAUCUGUACCAGAGACUCGAGUGGUCAAGAUUAUUCACGUCCACCUUCAGUUUCCAUUAUAUCCAAUGGCAAUCUGCAGGGAAACAUGAAUUCAGCCUUCGUUGGCAGUGAGUUGUGUCUCUGCGAUAGUUUGGGUAAAAAUAAAAAGACGUCCCAAUGGGCUGACGAAGUAAUACAGAUUAGUGGUAACAAAGAAACUGUUAUCGAUACUAGAUAUUAAUUUGUAUCUUAUACAUAUUAUUAAUUUUCAUUCAUUUUUUAUAUUAUCUCGGGUUAUGCUAUUGCAAAUGCAAUUAUAAAGAAUUUAUGUAAAAUAUUGAGACUGAUUAGAAAAGAGAAGAAAUCUAUGUGGCUUGUUUCUUUUCAUUAACUUAAUUUAAUGUUUGCAUAGUAAAAAUAUAUAAGAAAAUAAUUAUUAGUUAUAA